CCCGCGUACAUUACUUUGGCUUUCGGCUUUCAGAGCUUAUUUCUUGUUUGCGGCGUUGCUUUGCUGUUUUUAUCUAGUCCAAUUUUCUAUACCACACGUUUUUGGUAUUGGAUUAAUACACAAAUUAAACAUGGGGGAUUAUAGAUUAGGCAUAUAUCGUGACUCGAUGAAUGAUAAUCCACUGCUAAUGAAGUCUGAACUUGGGAAGCCAUUGAAGAGAUGUUUUUCAUUACCGAACGAUCAUUUUGUUUAUGGAAGACCGAACCUUCCACUUGAUGGCGGAGCAGCUGAAGCAAUGACAACUCGAGAACCAAUUCCGAUUCACAGAAGAAAAGAAAAAACAAGAGAAAGAGAUUUUAUUGCUUUAAAUAAAGGAGCAGUUGCUACAGGAUUAGUCACUGCAAAAGAACAUUUUCAAUAUCGUGCAACACAUGAUGUGAAAAGACGAGUAAGCGAAGAAGAUAAAAUGAAAAUUCUGACUAGGCGUAUUCCUCCAGAUAUGACAUUUGGCAUCAGCACACGACCUUCGACACCGGUUUUUGACUUGUUAGAACAUAAAUAUCAAGAUAGAUGGCUGGCUGCCAGAAGAGAAGCUGAAAUUGCAAAACGAACUAGAUCAGUGCAAAAGAAAAAACUUGAUGGCAGAAUUUAUGAGACCCGUGCAUCACUUUUGAGAAAACAUCAACCGCAAGUUGAAGCACCUCCGUUAUGGCAGAUGCCAAAAUUCCAAACAAGAAUAUCUGCACAUCUUGAGACCUUCCGAUCACCAGAAAAACGUGAAUCUGCUUUCAAACACCAUCAGACGGAUGCUACUUCCAGAACAGGCGUUUUUGGACAUGGAAUAUACGAGGCUGCAAGGAGCUAAAAUAAAAGACAUAAUUCACAUUUGUUUUGCAUCCUUCUUUCCUUUUAGCACUUUUUAAAUCUAUCUUUUUUAACAUAAAAGCAUGAAAUUCUA